GCGUCUCCAGUUGUCAGUAGCUUAUAUAUGAAAAUGUAAGUCAUUGAGGGACGAAUGUGUGUGAAAGUCAGUAGCACUCUGAAUGAAGGUGAUUGGAUGCCAAGCUGAAGAGAUUUACUACUAUAUAAAAAUAAAACUUUUGCAUUAUGGCGGGGUGGAGAACAGAUUCCCAGUUUGUGCCCAGCUCUGCAUAUACAACAGGGUUUCUAAACCUUCCAUCAGAACUGGACAUAAGGUCGUCAAUAAGAACGGAAACUUUCAGGCCUUUGAAUACAUCUCCAUCCAAGGAAGAUAUUAUUUUGAUGGCAGAGUUCUCAGAAAUUGAAGGCCCAAUGCCUUUGGUGACAAUUCCAAGCAUUCCAUCAGCGCACGUGGACCUGAAUGAUUUUGUUGUUAAAGUUAUGUCUACAGAUUAUCUCAACACAAGUGGUGAGUUUCGUGUGUGUGCAGAUACACAGAUGGUACAGCAAGACAUUGAACCCGGUAUUCAUGUGUAUGUGCAUUAUUUUACCCUGUAUGAUGUGCGGGCUAGAGGUUUUGUACGUCCAAUGUGCCUCUCAUAUAUCACUACAGACUCCAGGAAACUUCUUAAAUAUUUUUCACAGUUAAGACAACAGUUUACGACACAGUCUUCUGAUGUUAUGGCCAAAGGGGUCACUUUAGAUGAUAUAGGAUUGGAAGAUGGUUUGAAAUUGGAAAAAUCAUCUUACCACAAAAAAAUUAGCUUCAGAGACUUUGACAAUGACUCAAGUCACAUUCGAGUUAAUGAUAAUGACUCAAGUCAUGUUCGAGUUAGCCCAGGAUAUUCGUGUUUGUCUUCUGGAGACUAUGAUGCAUGUGAUAGUGGAGAUUUGAUGAACAGAAGUGCCAGUAAUGUAUUUAAGACCAUGUUAGCUGAUGUACCUGCAUACAACACUAUUGACGAAGAUGAUGAUGAAGAAUCAUUGCUUAAACACACAACUCUUGAAGCUGUAGCAUUGCAGUUGAUGGAAUGUCAACACAUCUUAGAUAUUAUAAAACCGCAUUUGGACAAAAAGGAAAUCGAGGAAGAUCUGAACCGUUUGUGUACCGAGAUCUGUUCAAAACCACAGUCGCCUCUCUUUAAAGCUAUGCAUAAACUACUAAUGCUGGAGAAGCCUGAAGAAAAUGCAAAACCAUCCAUAUGCAUCUUAUCCCUUAUGAAGAGAAACUUCAGUGUGAUGCGAUCUGUCCAAAUGUUGUGUGGAAUGGGUUAUGUUGGCUGCCUUUUGAAGCUGCGUUCAAUUCAUGAAAAAUACAAGAAGAGUGUGUUGACUCUGAUUUUUGAGGAUUUAGACAGUCAGAUCUAUGACAAUCCUUUAGGAUCCCUUUUUAUUGGUAACAUUCCGACAAUCAAUGUGAUGAAAAGUAAUAACAAUCCCAUAUCGCCCAAACCAAACCCGUAUUCAUCAUUGUGUUAUGAUGAUCACUUUGUCAACCUCUUAACUUCUGGACCUUCCCAGCUUUCCACUCCAGAUUCUGAAUAUGCUGAUGCCAUUGAAAUACCAAAAGAAGGUCCAGACAUAUCAGAAGCUGUUGAUUGUUUGCAGGUUUUCCCAGUAAAAAGGGAUAAUGGGGAAGAGGAAUCUGACUCAGUAUCUCAAGACAAUUCAAAUUCAGCUUUGUCUUCGGAAAAUAGGAGAAUUUCAGGUGAUAGUGAUUUUCAGGAGACAACUGAAGAUAGCUAUGAUGGCGUAAACAAUGGUGAAAAGCGACCAAGUUUAGUUCCGCGUGGCAGCAACAGCAGCAGUAGUAGCUGGUCAUCAAAUCCACAGUAUGACUGGGGUCACUUUGAAGGAAUUGAAGAAGAGGAAUUGGUACAGGCAGGAGUAGCUUUUGCCUUAGGGGAAGAGGUUCAACCCCGUGUUAACAUUGAUGACAGAAUGUUAACUAGUCAAGCAUGCCGAUUAUCUGGACUAAUACAGCAGUUUUGUGGAGUAUCUCACUGCUUAGUUCAUGCCCUAUUGUCUGGACGGCCCAUUGUAUUAGCUGCAGCAGACAGUUACAAACCCUUGGUGAUGCUGUAUGUAAGAGCCCUGUCAACUCUCCUACCUCGCUCAGCUUCACAACAAUUACCAGUUCUAAGAUGGCACACAGGCACUAUUACAAAUCAUCAUGUUAAACAAUUCCAAGUCAUGGGUGUUUGUAUUCCAGAACGUCUUCAUGUACAGGACCUAAUGUCAAAUGCUACUUUGAAUCAGGUCACUGUUCUGAACAUCGAAACUGGUCACAUCUCUGGCGUAGCUUACAGUGGAACCCUAGUGCGAGGAGUUGAACAGUAUGUUCGCAGGCUAUUCAGCUCAAAUUCUGCUCUUCAGACAUCAUUGCAAGCCAUAACCAUAUCAUUAGGGCUCAAAAUCUAUUUGCUCUACCACCUUCAGCUAACUACAAAUCGCAGCACCAAAGAAAUCCUGAAAGGCAUAGGAGUGGCAAAGGGUGACUGGGACAUAGUAGAUAACUUGUGCACCAUUGUGCAAAAUCAAAUCAAAACAAAUUUGUGACAUUGUGUAUUUGUAUGAGAGGGAUUUCUGAUUGAGCUCAUUAAAUUUUAUUGUAAUAUGAAGUACUUAAUUAGUUUUUUACACUGUAGAGUACCAAUAUUCAUCACAUAUCAGGAACUCCCAUCUUUUAGCAGAUUAGGGAUGAUAUUUUAUGUACAGUAUUUCAAUUUAAAUUCCAUUAGUAAAGGAGAUAUAUUUUUUAGGGGUAACAUAGCUCUCAUAUGCCUAGCGAUAAUAUAUUUUCCAAUCUGAAUUACAAGUAAGUGUUCUGUAUAGCUUAGGAAAAAUAUUUUGUACUAGAAUACAAGUAGUACUAAAUACUCUUACCCUUUGUGGUGCUUUACAAUAUGGAACAAAAGCUAGUAAAUGACAGUGUAAUACUACCUCCUAAGUCUCAGUUAAAGAAGUUCAUAUAGUGUGUAUAUGAAUCUCAGUCAGGCUAUUCUUGUACUGUGUUUUCAAAGAAAUUGAGCCAAAGACCAAAGCAUUGUAUUUUUAAGUUACUUCAAUUAGCUUUACCUUAAGAACUUUUUUUAAUUUCAAAUCUGUUUUCAGAUUUUUAAAUGUUACCAUAUGUUAGGUUUGUCAGAUGAUGUAAAAUUUUGCUCUUAAUUUUACUACAAUUUUUAUAGGUGAAGAGCUCCAGUACAUUAUUUUUAAUAUUUUUAUAUGCCAAGAACUUCAUUAGCUCUAGAUUAGACUAUAAACUUACUGAUUCCCACUGGAAAAGAUGACCUAUUUCAAUUUUAUAAUUUUUAAGGAUGUCUAGCUUGCGGCUACAGUAUUUUUGCCCAUAAACCAGUGUACAUACUAUAUUUGGAGUCACUAUUUAUAAUUCAAAAGAUUAGCUAAAUUAAAACUUAAAAUAUAAAGGAGCAACUAUUGCAUUGAAUUACAUGGAGAUUGUGCUGGAGUGGGAGAGAUGUUACUGAUUGUUUUUGUAAGCUUAUGAUUUGUCAAAUCAGUCAUACUGUACACUAUGCGGACAUCUUCAAAAGGUCACCCAUAGGAAUUAGUGAAGUGAAUGGCUUCAGAGUUAAGCAGAUAGGGUGAUUUUUGUAACUAUUGUAUUCUUAAGUUUUUCCACACAACUUGAAUAAAGGUUUGAAAGUCAUGUAUAUUGCAUUUAUAUACUAGUAUUUCUGGGCUCAGCCGUGUCGCUCCGUGAAAUGUGUCCUACUGGGCGACACGGCUUCCUCGCCCAGAAAUAGAUUUUUCCUACGUCAAAAUCCCUUUUAUGAUUUCAGUGAGGCCAUAAUGUACAUAAUAUCACCUAUUAUUCAUUGGAGUCACUGUUAUGAUACAGAUUUGUUGAGAGUCUUAAUUAUAUACCUUUUUUUUCAAUGCAUAAGUGAAAACAAGUUAUAACAUUUACCAGAGUUUACUUGUUUUAUACCCUGUAUUUUUAGGCCAUGUAUAUUUGGAAGCUAAGUAAUUUGACAAAAAACAUCAUGAAUUUUUUUUUUGUCAAAUGAAGGGUUUGGGGUUUUCAGGUGGAGCAUUCAUAGCACUCGGAAAAAGGAUGAGUAUCUUAGUCCAACAGUAUUUUCAUAAUUUCUUAAUUUGUUCCACUGCAAAUGUCCUUUUAUUUCCUGCAUUGUUAAUGUUUUCCCUGUAAUAUUGCUUAUUUAAAGGGUCUUUUUGAACAUCACAUUCUGGUGAUAGCUUUUGCAAUUCAUUUCUUUCCAAAUUUAUUUGAAAUUACUUGAAAAAGAAUGAGUUUGGUCUAGUAUAAGUUCAAGUAGAAUUACAUCAUAGUAGGGCACAAGACCAGACUCUUCCUCUAGAAGCUGGGCUUGAUAACAAAAGUUAAGUCCAGGUUCACUCUAGUACAAAAGUUCUAAUGUUUAUAAAUUGUAUGUAGUCCUCUCAGCAUCCUGCAUCCCUUUACCAUAGAAUUAGAAGCCUUGUAUCACUGAUAUACGUAUUUUUGUUAUAUAUAAUAUUUCCCUUUUACAGGAGUAUGCAUGAAUUUAGUCACUUCACUGGCUCCUAUUGUAAGCAAUUUUUCCUGAAUUUCCACUUUGAUUGCUGGACUUUGCAAUAAAGUGAGUUAGGAAUAUUUGUUGGAUUUCAGAAGAGUAAACCAUCAUAAAAUUGCCUUUUCAUAAAGUCCUCGAACAAAAAUCUACAAAUUGUAAUGCUGAAAUACAAAACCCGGGGGUAUACAUUUUAAACUGUGAAAAUUUUAUCCUUUCUUUCACUGUAUCCUAGAAACAGGCACAAAUUUAUAUAAAUUUCUCUUAGAACAUAGAAAAUGCUUUUGUAGAUCUUGUUGGGAAAAAUGUCUCAGAAUAGCUUUGAUACCAGUACAUUGCUUUUGAAAAUUAACAGUAUGAAAAGUGCAGAGUUGUGGAAGGAACAUUAAUUAAUUCAGUACCCACAGAGGUUGGCAACAAAACCUUUAAUACCUUGUGCCAAAUUUGUGUAGCAUUGUUCUUAUUGGAAACCUAGGUGUUGAAUAUGGGUAGAGAGGCUAAUAUGAAUUCUGGGUAUGACUGGUAUCAUUUACCCGGCAAUUCCAAUACUGACCCAGGAGAAAACAUUUGGUAGUACAGUAUCUUAAAAGUAAAUGUACAUGGAUGCCUAUACCAUUAUGGCAUCAUAAAUCACGGAGAUUCGGUUAAUGGCAGUUUUUGCUUAUCAGCACACCCCCGGGAACGGAACCCCCACUGAUAACUGGGGACUGCCUGUAUGUAUUUGUGCAAGAAAGGCACAUAUGAUCAUUUCCAUUUGUGAUGAAAGCUAAAGAGCUUUUGUAAUGUGCAAAUAAACUUCUACAUGAGAAA